GUAUUAAAUGCUGCAACUCAGAAUAUUUGCAACCUUCACCUGUCGAGUUUGCUGCAAUUCAAGACAAAAAUUUCGCAAUAUUCAAUUCCCAAUCUUAUCUUCUCAACCCACCACGCACAGAUCUAGAAUUUCAAAAAUUAAAAAUAUCAGAGACUUCUUCAUCAGAUCCGUUUUACACAAAUCUUCGCCGGAAUCUCCAUAGCCAUGCCUCCUUCUACACAAAUCUUAUCGCCGAUGCUUCUUCAUCUUUGAUCCGUUCCUUCGCCGGAAAGGUUUCCUGCUCCGCCGGAAAGGUUUCCUGCUCGCAGCUCGCUCCUCCGCUUCUUCACCGCGGGUAACUACGUACCUUCCUCUUCUCCUCUGCUCCACCGCCUGUAACACCGCCUUGUAACAUCGGAAAAGGACCCCUCGCUGGUAUUGCUAGUUUCUUGAACCAAAUCAUCCAUUUGACCUAUCAAGGCGUGAGUUCUUCUACUAGGAAUCAUUGGGUUCUUAUCGUCCUUGAUCUUGUCUUUGGCCUAGCAUACGUGUUUGAUUCUGCCACUCCUCCCCCUCCCGAGACACGGAAGUUAGAAGGGUCAAUUGUACACAAAUGGCAUAUAGAAUUUAUUGGACUAAUCUUGAAAAUGACAAACGGAAGAUUAAGUCACAAAAGUUACGAUUCAUACAGAUGAAGUGUGCUCAACAAGUUGAUGCAGUGGAUAGUGGUUAUUAUGUGAUGAAAUACAUGCAUGAUGUUGUCACAGUAUACAAUGAAUACAAGGAUAAUUUGUCUGAGGGUUAUGUACAAAGAGAAAUUCCAUAUUCUGAUGAGGAGUUACAAGAAACUCGAGAACAAUGGGCAAAGUAUUUUAAGGACAACUAUUUGAUGGAUGCCGGCGAAUGAGUUUGUUGUCUAGUAAUGUUAUGUUUUAUGUUUUUGUUAUGUGUUGGAUGUGACGUUGGAUGCUACUUGGAGCAUAUAUAUGGUUGUUGGAACAUAUAUGUAUGUUAUGUCUUAGAUACAGGUCUUUAUAAAUUCCCGUUUUGUCCGGGUUUCGCAAAUUACAAGGGAAACUAUGGCAAAAUUUUUGCAACCUAUUAAACUAUUUAUAAUGUUUUUAUUAUAAUUUUUUGUCAAAAUAAUAGGAUUGUCCAAGCAUAAAU